AUGAACUCACAACCUUACUUCCCACCACCUGAUUAUCGCCCUUGGAACCAUGACUACUACCCUCAACCAGUGAUGGAUCAUCCUCCUCCCUUCGCCCCCGCCUCCGAGCCAUUUCCCCUUCCAAACCCACCUAUCUCUCCUCCGCCGUAUACUGAUGCCUUCACCGAGUUGGGUAUCACUUACGUGAAACGCUUCAUUCUCGACCCACCAGUUAUCUACGUGGCUUCAACUUUCAAUGGACUCCAUCUGUGGUCGUACGAUCCCCACUUCACACAAUGCUACGAGCUUGCAGCCCCUCCUGGGCGACAUGGUAAAAGUUCAUUUUGUACCUCCGUAGAAGGGAGAUGGCCAAUGGGUGGAUAUCCUGAGAUGCCACUUCAAGAACAACGUGCGCCAAGGAGUUUGUUGAAUCCCAAGGCAAUACCAUUUUACUAUCCAGCGUGGAGAUCGAGGAUGACCGCACCCUGCAAGAACGUCGAAGUAACCUGCCAAGGCUCAUCAUGGUCGGCUCGUAUGAACCAUUCCCCUCAAUCUUCGAUAUCGUCUUCACCUGACGCUUGGCCAGAGGAGAUGUUGACGCCAACUCUGCAACCGGUGGCUUUCAUGGUGGGAACGAACCCAGUGUACAAUGUCAUGGUGGAUUCAGACGAACGUCACAAAGUUGUAGCUUUCUAA